AUGGAUGCAGAACCUUAUGCGAGGUGCACAUAUAUGUUUGAGACGAUCAUGUUCGUUCUUGAUAUGAAGUAUACGUUUAAUGAUAUUGUGAAGGAGGUAUCUGUGGGUUUUAAUCAUUUGAAUCUUGGUUCAUUCGACUUGAGGUACUCUUUCCCUGGAUAUAAAAGCUGUGUGUUAUCAAGUGAUAUGGAUGUAAAACUGAUGUUUAGGUGUAUGUUUGAUUUUAAAUUGAAUUCUAUUGAUAUUUUGGUGAGGGAUUCUAAUGGGAGCACCAUUUUGGUGCCUUAUUGUGGUGGGAGUAGUAGUUCUACUUCUGCAACAACAUCUUUGGAUGAUGUUUCAUGUGCUUCUUCAUGUUUGUCAGUGGGUUCAAGCAAUAUUAUUGAUGCGAGUGAAUACUUGGGGUGUUAUAGGCCAGAGGCUCCAAAGAGUUAUCUCACUCAUGAGUGUUUUCUUUUCAAGUACACACGGAAUAACUCAAGUCGUGUUAUUGCAGAGUGUGCUAAGAGAUAUUCUGAUGGUUGUCAAUGGUCUAUUCGCGCUUUGAAGAACAAGGUGAAUGGCUUUUUCUACAUAAAGAAGUUGAAUAAUGUUCACACAUGCAAAGGAGUUCUUAGGCAGCAAAAGAGUAAGCUUUUGGGGUCUCAUGUUGUGAAAUCGGAGACUGCUAAUGAGUUGAAGUCCAAUCCUCAACUCAAGCCUAAAGAGAUUGUGUCUCGUUUCAAGCAUUCUUUUGGUUUAGAUGUGUCUUAUAGGACUGCUUGGUAUGGGAAGGAGUUGGCUAGAAAAGCUGUCCAUGGUCAUGAUGGUGACUCAUAUUCUCAGCUGCUUUGGUAUCGUGAUGCUAUUUUAUCUAGUAAUCCGGGCUCUUAUUGCAUAUUGGAAACUGAUCCUUUAAGUAAUCGUUUCGAACGUUUCUUCAUUUGUUUUUCUAGUUGCAUUGAGGGCUUUAAGUCAUGCAUUCCGCUUCUGUUCGUGGAUGCUGCUCAUUUGAAGAGUAAGUAUAAAGGAUUCAUGCUCUGUGCUACUGGAAAGAAUGGAAACCAAGAGUUCUUCCCCUUUGCAUUUGCAGUUGUAGAUUUUGAAAAUCAUGUGAUUUGGGAUUGGUUUUUUGAUCAUCUAUAUAACAUCUUGUCUCUGCAAGGUAGAAAUGUGACUUUUGUUACUGAUCGACACAGCGGACUGUUGAAUGCUGUUGCCAGGGUAUUUCCAGAUUCUCCUCAUUCAUACUGCUACUACCACCUUAAGGAGAAUGUUAGAGGUGUGUACCGAAAGCAAUCUGGAAAUUAUUUUGUUGACAAGAUUGUGGAGGAAUUUAUGAAAGUUGCUUAUUCACCUACAUUAGCAAGCUAUAACUUCAACUUGCACAACUUGAAGAAAGAAGGUGGUCCGCCUAUUGAAGAGUUUCUGCGAUCUUUGCCGUUGGAAAAGUGGUGCAAUGCAUUUUUCAAAGGAAACAGGCUUAAGGGUACAGUUAAGGUUAUGGAGAAUAUGUCUGAGAGGAAGGUUGCAUGCAAGAGGUUGACCACUAUUUUGUGUCCUCCAAUGGAGGCUUUGUUGAAGAAAUCAAUGGAUAUUGGGCGGCAUUGGGCUGUUAGUAUGUCUAGUGAGACUGUUUUUGAAGUUCAUUCAGAUAAAUUAGUGGCGGUUGAUCUUGGGAACAACACUUGCUCUUGCCCUCAAUGGCAAAUUAAUUCAUUCCUAUGUUCACAUGCUCUUGCUGCAAUCCAAAAGGUUGGAGUGGAACCUAUGUAUAGUUACAUUGAGCCAUUCUACACCUGUCAAAGCUACAUGGAUUCCUACGCGCAUGAUAUUCAUCCUAUACCAAAUAUGGAGAAGUUUUAUGAAGAUGCAGCUAGUUCAACUUCUGUUGUUAAGCCUCCAUUGGUUAGGAGGUCAUCCGGCCGGCCAAAAUCUGUUCGAAUGAAGUCUGCAGCAGAAGGAGGCACGAGGAGGCUUAUCAAAUGUGGCCGGUGUGGUGAGUUGGGGCGCCACAACAAGAUAACGUGUACUGCACCAAUCUGA